UGCACACACACACACACACACACACACACACACACACACACACACACACAUGUUUAACGAGCGUCCCGCGGCAGCACGCACUCACUGCAGCACCGUCCCGCCGCGGGAUGGAGGAACCGGACGCGACGCGUCAGAGGAACGGGCCCGCCGCGGGCGCGCGCAUGCACGGUUUGUUCACGGACGCGGACACCGGGCGGCUCGCGGUGGCGCUGACUCUGUCGGACAGCCGCCUGACGGUGCAGAGGACCGGCUGCGCCUCGCCGCCGGAGCACCUGGACCUGCGCGACUGCCUGGGGAGCCGCGCGCACCGGGGCGAGCGCGAGGAGCGCGGCGCGCGGCUCUGCGUCUAUCUCUACGCGCACCGGCGCCGCUGGAUGGCCUCGGGUCCGGCGCGCCAGAGGGACGAGCGGCGCUUUCGGCUCGCGCUCGGCACGGACGAGGGCGACGAGGACGCGAGCCUGCGCGAGGCGGAACGGUGGGCGCGCGCCAUCAACACCGCGCGGCGUCCGGAGCGCAAGCACGAAACAGAGAGAACUUCAGAGCUAGACGACACCCUGAACCGGUCCGACCUGAUCACGCAUGCUUCGGCCGGGAACCUGAAACGUGAUGCUGUAGACAUUCAGAGGCGGAUGCGAUCUCGUUGUGGUGUCUUGUUCUCGGAGAUCCGUCGACCGCGUGGCGUGAUGGUAUUGGUCAAUCCUCAGAGUGGGCGGGGCCAAGCAGUGGCUCUCUAUAAUGGCCACAUUCAGAGGAUGCUCACUGAGGCAGAUAUACCACAUGAACUCUUCAUCACAGAGCGGCAGAAUCACGCGCGGGACCUGGUGAGGAGCGCAGACCUCACGCAGUGGGACGCUCUGGUCAUUCUGUCUGGAGACGGGCUGCUGUUCGAGGUAGUGAACGGUCUAAUGGACAGGCAGGAUUGGGAAAGGGCCAUCCAGACUCCUCUGGGGAUCCUGCCCGGAGGUUCAGGAAACGCUCUGGCUGCGUCCGUCCAUCACUACACGCGAGCGCCUCCGGUGUGCGGUGAAGAUCUGCUGACCAGCUGUGGCUUUUUGCUCUGUAAGGGUGUGGUGUCUAAACUGGACCUGAUCUCCAUCCACCUGUCGUCCGGUGCCCGUCUCUUUUCCUUCCUGUCUCUAGCCUGGGGCUUUGUGGCCGACGUGGACAUCGAGAGCGAGCAGUUCCGCCAGAUCGGAGCUCUGCGCUUCAUCCUCGGCACGCUGCUGCGCUUGGCCUCCUUACGGGUCUAUCAGGGAAAACUGGCCUUCCUGCCAGCCGAAAACGAGUGCGGGUCGGACCCCGGGAGCUUUUCCCCCGCCGACAGCCGGCUGCCGGACCACCUGCUCGCCCCGCUGGAGCAGCCCGUCCCGCAGGACUGGACGCUGGUGGAGGAGAGGGAGUUCGUUCUGGUGCUCGCCAUGUUCCAGUCACACCUUAGCGAGGACCUGCUGGCGGCUCCGGCCGCCCGUGCCGACGACGGGCUCAUCCACCUGUUCUACGUGACGGAGGGCAUCUCGCGCACCAUGCUGCUGCGGCUCUUCCGGGCCAUGCAGAGCGGGACGCACCUGGACUGCGGCUGCGCGCACCUGGUGUACCGGCGCGUCCGAGCGCUGAGGCUGGAGCCGCUGAGCGCCGCCGGGAUCGUGACGGUGGACGGGGAGCGCGUGGAGUACGGGCCCGUGCAGGCACAGGUGCACAGAGGAGCCGCCCGCCUCAUCUCCGCGUGAACCACCGACGACCGUUUAAGGGCCAGAUUUACUAAACAAGGAAAAGUAGUGUUGGAGCGCAAUUCCUUAAACUUACUAACAACGAGCACAGUAAAGAACGCAGACACAGUCAGAUAAUUUCCGUAACAAACUGCGCAAUCUUUAGGGGCGGGUUGAGGUGUAGAUCAUUUGUACGAUUCCUGCAAAUUGUGCAACUCCUAAAACCUCAUCGUAAGGUCUACUAAAUGGGGUAAAUUAGCGUUAGAACGCAGUUCCAUAAAAGCGCUGUACAAUUAGUCGUAUUCAAUAGUCACGCACAUUUUGUCGGUAAAGCUGGCUUUGUGAUUAGUAGCAAAUUUCUUCCAUCACCUGCUCUGAAAUGGAGAAAAUGAGAACAUGUUUUCACUUCGAUCUCACUUCAUAACGUCAGCUGAGUAUUUUAACUAAAUCCUUCUGUGAGACAAUGCGGCUUAGAUGUGGCAGAAUAAGGCGCGCAACAUAUUUCGUAAUAUUUUAAGCGGCUAUGAAGGCUAAGUUGAUUAGCAUUGCUUUAUCAUAUAAAGAUAUAUGCAUGGUAAUCGCAGCUUCUGCCUAAUAGGGAUUUAAAUUUGAUUAUUAGUGCACAAUUAACGGCAUCUCACGACUAAUUAGUGCGUAUUAUUUGAGGUGGUUAAUUCGUACAACCUCACUCGUACGAUUUUGUACCAUUUGUCUAAAGUCCAGUGGCCGGUAGGUUUAGGGGCGGGGUUAGGUGCAGGUCGUACGAAUUAAUACAAAUGAAGUGAGAUCGUACGAAUUAGGCUCUUCUUAAAACAUGUACGAAUUGCUGUGAGAUUGGCGAAAAUAACCGCCUGCUUUUUAAAUAAUGGCAUUAAAGAAUACCGAUAAUCUGACGGGAGCAAACGUUAUAAACUGAACGCUCUCUUCCCAAAAUGGAAACUCAUGCAAACGCAUGUUCAAUAAGGUCAUGCAUAAAAAUAACUGUGUCAAUGACUUUUCCAAUUCUUCAAUGCGCGUCUUUAGUAAAUUUUGAUACUGUUUUAGAGCCAAAAGAUGGUUUGUGCUGAUGCAAGCUGUCAGUAAAUCUGGCCUUUGAAUGGGAAGACAUUUACCUGAAGCAACACGGAAACCGCACAAUAAUCCCGACUGGCUGCCGUUAAACUUGAAUUUAAUGUUCGUUCGUUUGUUUUAUUGAGGAAUUGUAACUUUGAGUGAAUCGAAACCAGGGGUCCACAAAAUAGGAAAUUGUAUACUUGGUUAUAUUUUGUGGUAAGACGAUUGACGGGUUCUACUUUAACACUGUUUGCUUGACGUACAUAUGCAUAAUUUAAAUACAAACCUAAAAAACUGCUAAUUUAUGUAAAAAAAAAAUAUUCGAAUGUUUUGAUUUUUGGGAUGAAAUUUGAACUUGAGCAGGUUGGGAAUAAUCAUUUUUGAUGCUUGUUGCUUUUCAGCCCAAAAAUUUUGCAUUGAGAAAAUGUACAAGUUUACAUUAAUUUUCCUGACAGUUAAACUAAACCGUAGUUUUUUAAUUGAAAAAUAGCACAAUGAAAAAUAUCCAUGUGAUUUACGAUAUAAACUUGAUUUUCUUUACGCAAACAAAUCAAAUAAUAAAUAAACAUUACAUUUGUAUUUUCAUCACCUUUUGGGGUGAAAUAUGAACUAAGCAGGUUGCGAAUCAUUUUAGGGUCACACUUCACUCCAAAAAUCAAAAGAAAGAAAAAAAGAAAUGCAUGAAGUUGACUGUUACUUAUACUGACUGUUAAUUGCCGGUUUUGUGCAAAACAUAACCUUUUAUCGAUUUUCUGUGGCUGAAGUAUGAACUAAACAAAUUGAGACUUCAUCGUGUCUUGUGCAUCCAAAAACACAACUUGGUGAUACUGGUUUCAUGAUGGUCAAACGUGUUUUAUCCUAAAAAGUAAUCGAAAACAUUCCCAACGCGAAGCUUCUUCAUUUAACACAAAAUCUGCUUCAUUUUCUUCCUGCAGAGUGCAGUUCCUCAUUUCUUUGUUUGGAUUUUUGGAGUGAAAUAUGAGAUUCUGUCAAACUCUGGUGAGUUUCGUGGUCUCUGAUGCUGGAGUUUAUGCUGCUGCGACGCACCAAUCUUGAUUUUCAGAAGUGCCAAUGCUGCAAAUGUGUAGUUGUUUAUCUUUAUUUUUCUAUGAUAUAAUUUAAUAUCAUUAUUUAAGAGCCGUUUGACUGUCAGUGUGUGAGUGUGUGUGUGUGUGUCAUGAAGCCUCACCAGCCGCCUACAUCAAUAUAUCUCAAUAUCAGCAGAGUCUGAAGGUUUUAUUAUGCCUGUUAUAGAUGAGCCGUUAUUAAAUAUAAAUACUAAAAUGAAAAACUUAAAUAUUUUCCUCCUAGCCAUAAAAACUGUUUUGCUGUUAUUAGAUGUUUCUCUGUGUACCAAACAUGCUGCCUUCAGAUCCUUCUGGAAAAUUAGUGUUUCAUCAACUGCAUACAAAGUAACUACUAAACACACAAUCGUUGAUACUGUAACGUUUUCAAUGCCCUGUCGUUGAAAACAUUUUUUCAUGAAUGUCACAAUAAAUACAUAUACACACACAUGAAUGACAUGUUCUUAAAAAGACACAAAAUCUGAGUCGGACAUCAUGCUCACGUUGAUGAAAAGUUUAGAGACCGUAACCUUGACAGAAAUCUUUAAAAUCAAUCGAUAACACUUGCUGAUGUUGUUUCGUCUCCAAAAUGAUGCCAUUUACUGUGUGAUGUCUUCAGUGAAAGGUUAAAGGUUAACACGUUUAUUAAAUGAGCAUCCAUAGCCAAAGCGGUUUGCUUCAUUGUGUUCUAAAAUUUAUUUUUGUGAGUUUAAUAUCAUUUUAGUAUCAUUUAGGCACUGAGGUACUGGGUUUUAUAACAACCGGGUGAUGUUAAACAAUAGCACAAUAGCUCAAACUAUCAGUAUGGGGUUUUCUUUUACAUUUGCAUUCUGUUCCUGUUGAACAUUUUGUUACAGGCUUGUUCAGACCAACCAGCUGCGGACCAAUGGACAGAUUCAGGCUAACCCUGACUGAAAGGUUUAAAGCCAUAUAGAGCCUGUUGUGUUGAUUAGUGUAUGGAUGAAACUUUCUAGUUUGUGAACCGAAGUUACUGAAUCAGAGAUGAAAUUAUGUACAAUUCUGGGACUUUUGUUUUCUGCACAAUACUAUGUGACCAGAGGAGAACGAUCGGAAUAAAAGUGCUUUGAUUUAUUCGCUAAUUAAAAAUGUGCAUAUGAUUGCAACUGUACUGUGACAUUUAAAUAGCAUUCUCUAUACUUGAGAUAAAUAUAAAAAUAUGUUCUAUAUUUUUUCAAAGUUAUACAUUUUUAUGAAAAAGAGAAAUAAAAUUUCAGAUGGUAAACA